AUGUCUGUUGUAUCGCUCCUUGGGGUCAAUAUCCUCAACAACCCCGCCAGGUUCACCGACAACUAUCAGUUCGAGAUUACCUUUGAGUGCUUGGAGCAGCUUGAGAAGGAUCUGGAGUGGAAACUGACCUAUGUCGGCUCUGCUACCUCCGACCAAUAUGACCAGGAGCUGGACACCCUGUUGGUGGGACCCAUUCCUGUCGGCGUCAACAAGUUCAUUUUUGAGGCAGAUGCCCCCGACACCAAGCGCAUCCCCGAUGCCGAGGUUAUGGGCGUGACGGUCGUCCUCCUGACGUGCGCCUACGAUGGCAGGGAGUUUGUACGCGUCGGAUACUACGUCAACAAUGAGUACGAGUCCGAGGAGCUCAACGCCGAUCCUCCUGCCAAGCCCAUCAUUGAGAAGAUCCGUCGCAACAUCCUCGCUGAGAAGCCUCGUGUGACUCGCUUUGCCAUCAAGUGGGACAACGAUGCGACUGCCCCUGCCGAGUUCCCUCCUGAGCAACCCGAGGCCGACCUCGCUCCCGACGAUGAGGAUUACGGCGCAGACGAGGCCGAGGACGACGGCGAGGAGGCCGCCGGAGUCGCCGCUACCAACGGCGAGCCCUCUGCCGUCGGCGAAGAUGCCGCUAUGGUCGGCAUCGCUGCUGAGAAUGGCGAGCCCGCACGCGAGGACGAUGAAAUGUCCGAAGACGGUAGCGUUGACAUUGAUGGCGAGAGCGAAGACGAGAUCGAGGAGGAGGAGGAGGAGCUGGAGGGCCAGCCGGCCGACGGAGACGGCAUGGAUGUUGACAUGGAUGAUGCCCCAGAUUCUGGUUAG